AUGAGCGACGAGAAGAGCGACCAGACCCUUGCGUCGCUCGCUGUGGGCUUCACGCUUGGCUUUGGCCUGCUGACAGUAUGGGAGGCUGUCAAGCAGACCAGGCGAAGCAAGAACCCGCGGCGGAGCUCGUAUGUUUACAUGAUCUGGGUGGAAGUUGCUUCCAAUGUCGGCAUCUUGAUUCUGGCGAAUCUGCUAUUCCACGGGGUCGUCGCACCCAGCGUUACCAUGUUGUUCUUCAUCCUAGUCUGCUGGGUCUUCGAAGUACAGAUCCUAAUGCAGAUUAUCAUCAACCGGAUAGCCAUCAUUUGCGAGACCCAGGACAUUGUCACGAAGCUCAAAUGGGGGACAGCUAUUGUCAUGACCUCAAUCAACAUUGCUGUCUUCUGCAUCUUUAUUCCCGCACAUCAAAUUCCUCCUGUGAGCAAUACAUACGUCGAGAUAAAUAAAUACUGGGACAGGAUAUCGAAGGUCAUCAUCUGCCUCAUUGAUGCAGGUCUCAACUAUUACUUCCUGAGAAUCGUGAAGCAGCGUCUACUGGAUCAGUAUGGUUUGAUGAAAUACGCUCCACUGGUCACAUUCAAUGCCAGAUUGAUGUUCAUCUCUGUUGCUUUGGAUGUCCUCCUCAUCGGUCUGAUGAGUCUUCCCAACCAGUCAGUCUUCAUGCUCUUCCACCCGCUAGUGUACACGGCAAAGCUCAACAUUGAAAUGACGAUGGCCAGUCUUAUUGUGAAACUGGCACAGAACGACCGGAGCGACGCCUACUUUGCAAACUCGCAUUCACACAGCACCCCACACCACCGAAACUCCCAACUCCGAGGGCGAACCCAGAACGAGCGAGAGGUCGCGCUGAAGACCUUCACCGAAUCGAGAGUCCGCGCCUCAUUUUCCAACGGGAGCGACGAGGCCCAGGCGCCCUUCCCAAACGGCGGCAUACAGAGGACGAGAGAAUUCCAGAUCACGGUGCACCACAGCAAUUCGGGCAGCAUCGACGAGACCAAGGAAUACCCGACUGGGGAUCACGACGAGGCAUGGUUGACGCGGAAUCCAGGACACCCGAGGGACGCGCCCAGCGACAAGUCGACGGGCACGAGGGACUAG